AUGGCAGGACGGCAAGAUUACCGCCUCCCGAGUCGGUACUGCGACGGCGAGGACGACAAGGUCCUGGCAGCGGCCGCAAGGUUGAGCCUUAGUCCGCACAGAGAGGAGCGUAAAAGUACUCUCGCACAGAUUUCGUCGGUAGUCUUAUGGCUGGCGACGUUUUCCUGGCUGCCCAGCAGCCCACGACAACGCCGCCAUCUCUGCGUCUUAUUGCUGCUGAUGUCCACUAUUUUGGGCUUCUGGGUCCUCAUCUCAGACGACUCUCGGCGACACCUAGUCACCGUCGACGGCGCCAGUGAAAGCUUAUCGCGGCUAUGGUCGCAUCCUGACUCGUCUUCAUCCUGCUCCUCUCCCGCAUCUCCCGCUGCCCCCGUCUCCGCUGGCUCUCUUGAAACCUCUAUCUCCCCGGACAUCCCCGAUUACGACCCGUUCUCCACUGGCCGGAUUGCCGACACUAGCGUCUCAACGCGGCUGCCACAGAUCCCGCCCAAGAUUUGGCAAGUUUACCUCUCAUGGGCUUCCUCCGCAGUAACGCCCGGGUACUUGGCCAGCUGGAUGUCACGCUCGCCCUCGUUCAUGUACACCAUCCUAGACGCGGAUGGCGCCCGGGACGUCGUCGGACGGCUGUCGCGUCUUGCUCUGGACAAGACACUGAGGUUGCCGAUAUGGGUGCCAGCGAGCGCUCCGAGCCAGGAGAAGGACGCUAAGAGCGAAGACAGCGAGAGCAAGAGCGAGAGUGAAAGACGCGGCACUGAUGAUAUCGACAGCGUGUCGGCAGCUGAUAUCGGCAGCGAUGCUCUUCAGCUGUAUGAAGCCAUGCCUCGGCGGGUGCUGCGCGCCGACUUUCUGCGGUACCUCUUACUGGCUCUCGAGGGUGGAAUCUACACGGACUCGGACACAUCGCUCGUGCGCCCCAUUAGGGACUGGGUGCCGGAGUCGAUGCGCAACGCCACGCGCCUCAUCGUCGGCCUCGAGGCCGACUCGUCACCGCCCGUGUCCGGCACCAAGUACGAGGUUCAGUUCUGCCAAUGGACGCUGGCCAGCGGGCCGAACCACCCAACUAUGUGGACCAUGGUGCAUCGCAUCCUGGCCCACAUGCGCGACAGCUCAUCAGGCUUUUUUACGCCCUCCUUCACCGACGAUGACGUCCUAGCUGUCACCGGCCCUGCGGCUUGGACCGAGGUUAUCUACGCCCACCUCAACCGCGUCGCUGGUGACGGCGCCGGUCAGGAGCGCAUCACCUGGGAGACCCUGCACGGCAUGACGGAGCCACGCCUCUUUGGCGAUACCGUGGUUCUGCCUAUCGACAGCUUUGCCACGGGCGUGCCGCACUCCAAGGCGAGCAAGCAAACGGUUGAAGCUACACUCGUGAAGCACCAGUUCCUCGGCAAGUGGCGUGGGAACAAUGGUAAAUAA